GCUCUAAGUUGCCCGGAAGGAAAUUGUAGUUACGUAUAAUAAAGAACUUAGUUGGGACGAGUAUUACUUCAUGUGAUCGUAUAUUAUUUUCGCGAGUAAAAUGAAUUCUUCUCCUCCUCUUGAUGCAGUCUAUCAAGCAGUGUUUACUUUAUAUCACAAUCCAGAUCCAACAGAGAAAGAAAAAGCAUCGCUAUGGCUGGGAGAGUUACAGAGAUCGGUUUAUUCAUGGAAAGUUGCUGAUGAAAUGCUUCAUCAAAAGAGGGACUUGGAAUCAUGUUAUUUUGCAGCUCAAACAAUGCGCACCAAAAUCCAGUUAUCUUUUCAUGAGCUUCCAACUGAAGCACACAAUUCUUUGCGUGAUUCACUCUUGGAACAUAUAGGACAAGUGAAUGAUGCUACAAACACUGUUAUAGUCACCCAGCUGUGCUUAGCAUUAGCAGAUUUAGCCCUCCAGAUGUCUACAUGGCAGAAACCAGUCGUAGAUCUUAUUGGUAAAUUCGGCCAGACAAAUGUAUGGCCUCUGCUGGAGAUUUUGACCGUCCUGCCUGAAGAAGUGAAUUCACGAUUGCUGAGGCUUGGAGCCAAUAGACGACAAGAAAUCAUGCAAGAACUUAGUUCCACAGCUCCUACUAUCACAGAAUUCUUGAAACUGUGCCUGUCAAAUGGUGGUGAAAAUCCUCACAUCCACAUCCGGAUAUUACGAUGCUUCACAUCUUGGGUCUCCAUCCAAGCCAUCACAUUACCAGAUGUAGCUGACAAUAUAGUUGUUGCACACGCCUUUCAUAUUCUGUCCAACCAACAGGCAGUACCUGGUGUUCAUGAAGCUGCGACAGACUGCGUGUGUGCUCUGCUGCAGUGUUUAGAAGACAACAAUAACCAACAUGCUCUUGAGUUGCAGCUGUUCUCUGGAGUUGUAUCUUUGGAAGAAGGGUUCCAUCUCUCUGUUGCUCAUGAAGACCAAGAGAAAUCCAUGAAUUAUUGUCGUAUCUUCACAGAGCUGGCAGAAACAUUUUUAGAGAAGAUUGUAAGUGAAGAUAGCAGUAAUAAACCUCAUUUUGCAGUCAAAAUAUUAGAUUUGGUGCUAACAUGUGUAGGACAUCAUGAUUAUGAGGUUGCUGAAAUCACAUUUAAUCUAUGGUAUCGUCUCUCAGAAGAAGUCUAUCAGAAGAACAGUGAUGUGCUCACAGCAUUAUUUAAACCAUAUGUGGAGAGGCUAAUAGAAGCACUUUGUCGGCAUUGUCAAAUGGAACCAGAUCAUGAAGGCUUGCUAGAAGAUGGUGAUGAUUUUGCUGACUUCCGCAUGAAAGUUUCGGAGCUUAUCAAGGAUGUAGUGUUCAUUGUUGGGUCAUCCAAUUGCUUCAGACAGAUGUUUAUAAGCUUGCAAGGCACUGGAGUUACUUGGGAUUCAAGUGAAGCAGCCUUGUUCAUCAUGCAAGCUGUAGCCAAAAACAUUCUGCCUGAAGAGAAUGAUGUUGUGCCAAAGGUUGUGGAAGCCAUUCUCAACUUGCCUGAAAAUACUCAUGUGGCUGUGAGGCAUACAUCAGUGCUUCUGCUAGGGGAGCUGUGUGAGUGGAUAGAACGACAUCCACAGUCACUUGAACCUGUUUUAAAUUUCUUGCUGUACUGCUUACAACAGCCCCACCAAGCAUCUGCAGCUGCAGGUUCUCUACAGAGCAUCUGCAGUGCCUGUAGGGAUCAUAUGGGGAUUCACUUCACUGGUCUUGUGCAGAUAAUCCAGUCUUUGGAUACAUUCAGUAUCUCCAAUGAAGCAGCAAUAGGCCUUUUAAAAGGUGUUUCUGUUAUCUUGGGUCAAAUGCCCCCAGAUCAGAUUCAGCGUGCAAUGAAAGAGAUUUGUUGGAUUCAAAUAAGCCCUUUGUGCCAGCUUGUAGAAAAUGAUGUGAAGACUGAAAGAGGAACAAAGACAGAUCCUGCACUGUGGUUGGACAGGCUAGCAGCUGUAUUUAGGCAUACAAAUCCUCAUGUGGAGAACGGAGCUGUUCAUCCAUGCCAGAGUGUUAUUACAGAGAUGUGGCCUAUCUUGUCCAAUGCUUGCACAAAGUACCAGGCGGAUGGACGAGUGAUGGAACGAUGUUGUAGAUGCCUGAGGUUUGCUGUUCGGUGUGUAGGUAAACAAUCAGCUCACCUUCUGGAGCCACUCGUUAAACAGAUUGUGAGCCUUUAUCAGAGGCACCAACAUAGCUGUUUCCUGUAUUUGGGGAGCAUUCUAGUAGAUGAAUAUGCCACUGAACCUGGCUGUGUGCAGGGACUGCUAGACAUGUUACAAGCAUUUUUAAUACCCACAUUUAUAAUAUUACAAGAAACGAAUGGACUGAAGAAUCAUCCAGAUACUGUGGAUGAUCUUUUUAGACUUUGUGCAAGGUUUUUACAGAGAGCACCUGUUCCCUUUCUGCAGUGUCCAGCUCUUCAUUCCAUUAUCCAGUGUGCAGUGCUAGCAAGUACACUGGAUCACAGAGAUGCAAAUGCAUCUGUAAUGAAAUUCUUUUAUGAUCUUAUACACUGUGGAAGAAAUAAUGAGAAUCAAGAUGAUUUUGAAGUCCGAAAUACUUUGGUAAAAGGAAUUGUAAGAGAUAAUGGUCAAGCAUUAGUCAACAAUCUGAUCCAUGCGUGUGUGUUCUGUCUUCAUUCCUACAUGCUGUCUGAUGUAGCUGAUGUCAUCAUGGAACUGAUGUUGUAUGAUAGAGCAGCUGUAUGCCAGUGGUUGGAACUUGCUGUAAAGGCUUUGCCUACACAAAACUCAGGUGGAUCUAUCACAGCAACACAUAAACAACUGAUUGACUUCCAUCAUUCACUCACAAGAGCAGAAGGAUCAAAAGCUGUGACACAUGCUCUGCGUGACUUCGCUCGUUUAUUCCGCUGACUAGAAGAGAUAGUGCAGAAUGGGGAAGUGAAUGUGAAGUAUUUUCGAGGGACGUCAUAAAUAAAAUGAUUACAUAACGAAAGAACACUGCUGUUAUAAGACAUACACCUAAAACAAUGUACAUCCUGCUACAGUGUGAUCGUGGAAAUAAUGAUGUAUGAAUGAGUGUAUGUCUCUUUUCAGAGCCAAAAGUGAGAAUGUAAGAGGAGGCUUAGACAUGUGUGUUAAGUCACAAGUGAAGAUGAAAUAUUGUGUCGCAUUGCAUAUAUCUGAAUAUUUAAAUUUUGUGACAAAAUUUGGAGAUGCUUCUUUUUUUCAUAGACAGCUAUGAAGGGAAUGAAUGUUAUUUUGCUAGAACAAAUGAAGGAAUCACCUUCGUGUUCUACAGUUUCCUGUGCAACUGGCAUAAUAGGAGUGACAAUAUGGUACCUGCAUAUUUUAGAAAGAACUAGCGUCUUGAAUUUGAGCAUUCAGUGCUUUUAUCACCCUACUUAUUUUUACUCAUUGUGUUAUGUAAACUUUUGACACUCGUGAGAUAAGAGCUCUUCUGAAGUAUGGUUGUAAGGAUGGCAGAUAUCGUAUUCUGUUAAAUCAGGAUUAAUAAUACCAUAAGUGUCCUGGUAUGAAUUUGUUGUGUUGUAUAUCUUUUUUUAAUAUGACAAUUUUUAUUGGAUUUUAUCCAGCCCA